AGCAGUUGGGGGCUAAUGUUUGCGAAACAGACGGCAAGAAAAAGGAGGAGAGCAGAGGGAGGGAGGAAGGAGCAUGUUUGAAAGAUGAGAACGGGAGAGAGAGAGAGCUCCUCUUAAGUCCUCCGAGCUGGCAGGGCUCAUAACAGAAGACGAGGCUGUUUGCAGCUGCAUUACGGCCGAAAACAGGCAAGACGCAGCAGAGGGUGUAGAAGAGACUCCGGUUAGAAGAACUAUCACUGACCUAACAUGAUGGAGGUGGUCCUAACAAGACUGCGGGACUUCUCCUGCAAGACCUCCACCUUUGAUGACUGCAAGGGAGCACAAGAGAGCACAAGCAGGGACCCUGAGGCCAGAACCAACCAUGUCAAGGAAGGGUGCACAUCUGGUGGAGAAGCAAGCAAACUGGACAUAGAGAGUGCACUGGCCUGGCUGCGAAGGGAACUGAUCAAGUCAUUUGUCCCACCAUCAGAACGACUUCUAUGGUCAGCCCUGAUGUUUUUGUGUGUGAGGCCCAAGUUAUUGCCUUCUUUGUUCCUCCGGCUCCAUAUGGAAAUGCGUUCUCAGGAUCAAGCCCUGAUUCGACAGCUGAUGGAGCUUCACUCGGGCAUCCAGGAGCUCAAGCAGGAGCUGUAUGAGGAGGAGCAAGAGGAGGAGACGUAUGAGGAAGAAGAGGAGGGGAGCUACUGGGACUCUGAGAGUGAACAAGGAAGCGGCAGUCUCUACUCCAGCUCAGUGGAGGGGGGCUUUUCCAUUUCCUGCCUAAAGAUGCCUCAGCAGCUUUAUUCGGGCACUUUAUCGAGGAGGAUGUUCUGCAGGAGAAGCUCUGUGCCUUAAAAAGUCAGACAAAUUUUUCAAAAAUGUGCCUUUUAAGGCAGUUAACAAAGACAAGGUGGAGUACGGUGACCCCAUUUUCCACCGCUUCACUUAAGAAAAAACAAAGCUUAAAGUCAUUUUAACUUACGGCUGCAUACAAAUUAGCCAACAAUGUCAUGGCUUAUACUUUAUUUUUAUUUUCAUAACACGAAUAUGACAUUGUAAAUGAAAAAAGGCACCUUAGACUAAAACAAAUGUUUUUUUGUUUUUUUGCAAAACAGGCUAAUUAGUAGUUGUGGGGCACAACAGCCAUGUUGUUUUUUUGUUUACUUGUUUGUUUUUAGUGUCAAAACGUUGAGUAUAUCCAUAAAAAUACAUGCUGGUGAGUUAUAACACAAGUCAUCCACCUUCCAGCUCGAUUAAUAUUCAUAAUAAACACGUGUUUGUUUGAUUUUUCUGUACCAAGACGUAAGCUGGGAGUUUUUACAUUGGAGUCUAACAGGAUGAACUACUUUUGGAGUCACCCUCAAGUGGCCAUUAGAGGAACUGCUGUUUUUGACAGUUCUGUUUUGCCUAUAUUUUUCAGCCAUGAAUAAAUUAUCAUUUUAUUUGCAUAUUACUUUUCAAAAUAAACGUCACAAAGUGCUUGACAACAAAAAGGAUAGAACAUCAAAACAAAAACAAAACAAAAGACAGCAAAUGGAGUUUAAAAAGAUGAGUUUUUAGCUGUAUUUUAAGUCCGCACAUAUCAGAGUCUGGAGUACACUGUCUCCUUUAAUUCUCAGCCUUUUAUGAUGCACAGCCAGCAGGUACUGAUCACAUGACCCCAGGCACCUGUUGGGUUGUAUGCAUGUAAAAGUUUACUGGUAUACUCUGGUGAGUGUCCAUGCAGAGCUCUAAAAGUUAAAACAAGAAUCUUAAAGUGGAGUGUGAAGUUGAUGGAACUAAAUUAACAGUGUGACAUGUGAGAAAAGAGUACACCCAGGUUUACUGAAGUCAUAGUUAUGUGAGUGGUUUUCCUACAGACUACUACAGAUUAAAUAAAAAAAUAUUUUUUAAAGAGUAUGAUGUAGCAGGAAAAGUAGGAUUCAUGAUUCAUGCUGUCUGGAGUAUUUUAUUAGCCAAACUAACCCAUCAAUGGCUGUAGCAUCAUACAGUAUAUACAUUUCCAGUAUGUAUAUAUUGUUACUUUAUAUUUUAGUAUCUGUAUUAAACAAUGACCUAAAGGCAGUCUUUUGAAGCACUGUGUUAAGCGUUUUCUCUGUCUAGACAAAUAUUAACAUGUACUGUACAAACAUGUGAACAUGUCAGUAACUGAAAGCCUGAAAAGUCACUGAUAUUUAUUCUGUCUGACCAGAAAUGUAAUUCAGUAGGUCAGGAGGUUGUUUUUUUUAUAUCUCCAUGUGUUCAUUGUAACUGCAGAUAACUAUUCUGAUUUGACAUAUGAGUUUUUAAAAUGCUCUUACAUGUAGAUAAAGAUGGGCUUUUUUGUUCUUGUUUGGGAGUGACACUUGAAUGUAUUUAUUAACCAUUCCUGAAUUUUAUAGCACUUUUUAAAACAGGUACUGCAGUGGUUACAGUAUGCCAGCUAAAUAAAGACGCAAAGACGGUGA